AUGAGGUAUCUUGCACUUGCCAGUGGAGGGAAAGAUAGUUUGUAUGCCAUGCAUUGCCUUGGGCAGGAAGGACAUCAAGCUGUAGGACUACUGCACAUGAGAUGCGGCGACGGAUAUCAGGAUUCGUUCAUGUACCAAACUGUUGGGUCUGAAGUGAUUGAAAUGCUUGGAGAGUGUCUAGACAUCCCUGUUUUUAUUUAUCAUACCAGGUGUAGAAGUAUAAACCAAAGCCUGGAGUACAAUAGAGAGGAGGGAGACGAGGUUGAGGAUCUCCAUGCCGCCAUUUCUCACAUCAAAGAGAAAAUAGAGUUUGAGGGUGUGUCAUCAGGAGCGAUUUUGUCUAGAUACCAAAAAAAUAGGGUUGAGAAUGUGUGCAAUAGAUUGUCUCUUGAAUGCCUAUCUCCACUUUGGGAAAUGGACCAGAAGAUGCUGCUUACAGAGAUGAUAUCUUGUGGCAUGGAUGCAAGAAUAGUGAAGGUUGCAUCGUCUAUUUUGGGAAGGGAAUGCAUAAAUAUGAGUCUAGAUAGGAUUUUUGAUUGCCUGAAUUCGGCACAGGAGGAGGUAAAUUUCUGUGGAGAGGGAGGGGAAUACGAAACAAUUGUUCUUGACUGUCCCAUGUUCAAGAAGAGAAUUAGUGUAGAUGAGUACGAAGUCAUGUCACACCCUGAAGAAAUAGGAAGAGAGGGAUGUGUGUUCUAUAUGAGGAUUGUGAAGACGAGUCUAGUAGAAAAGUAG